AUUCAGCAAAAUGUCUGCGCGCAUCUCAUGACUGGAGGAGGGUUAUAGAAGAUAGUUAGUUUCUGCUUCUUAAUGGCACUGUAAAAUUAUUUGUUAACUUAACAAGUAGGCUACUUUAUUAUUCAUGUUCUUUUAUUUAGAGGGCUGCUAAAAAAGUAGGCCUGUUUAUUGUUGAAAGUCAAACUAAACAGCCUGUCCAUCACUGGUUUCCGGGCAUUACGCGAUUGAAACAUGGAUUUCGUUCUCGGCGGCGUCGCUGCGUGUGGCGCUUGUUUUUUUACAAACCCGCUGGAGGUUGUCAAAACUCGAAUGCAAUUGCAAGGAGAGCUAAAAACCCGAGGAACCUACCAGGUGUAUUAUAGGAACGUAUUUCACGCCUUUUACACGAUAGGCAAAAUAGACGGACUGGCUGGUCUUCAGAAAGGUUUGGUCCCCGGGUUGGUUUAUCAGUUUUGUAUGAAUGGGUUCCGGCUGGGGUCAUUCGCCAUCAUUGAGUCCUUGGGCUACAUUCACACGGACGGAAGGGUCAGCGCUGCAAAGAGCACAGUGUCCGGGGCUAUCGCCGGUGUGGUGGGCGCCGUAAUGGCCAGCCCUAUUUACCUGGUAAAGACACAUCUGCAAAGUCAGUCCACUUCUUCUAUUGCAGUUGGACACCAGUAUAAGCACAGGGGAAUGAUGCAUGCAUUAUUGGCCAUCCACAAACAGUACGGAAUUCUGGGUUUGUGGAGGGGAGCAAGCGCAGCAGUCCCAAGGGUCAGUGUGGGGUCAGCUGCUCAGCUCUCUACUUUCUCUGCCUCUAAAGAGCUUAUCAUUGACCUACAGGUCUUCACUGAGGGCAGCUGGUUAAUAGCUCUGAGUGCUGGUAUGAUCAGCAGUGUAGUAGUUGUAUUAGCUAUGACUCCUUUUGAUGUAGUCAGCACUCGACUCUACAACCAGCCUGUGGAUCAUCUUGGCAAGGGUGUAUUGUACAGAGGUUUCAUGGACUGUUUCUCUAAGACAUUGAAGAAGGAAGGAAUGACUGGUUUGUAUAAAGGUUUAGGAGCCUCCUAUUUCCGCCUCGGACCUCAUACCAUCAUUUCUCUGCUUUUCUGGAAUGAGCUGCGCACUUUGUAUUAUAGCUACAGCUAGCAUUUUGCUAUUGCUCGCAUCAGCAAAAUAUCAACUGAUGUUUCUCUGAUUAAAGAAUCAAUCAAGCACUAAGGUAUGAAAGGUCCUUGUUAUAUUUUGAAUAUUGUCACACAACGCACAGCAGAGUGACUACCGAUAUACUCACAAUGCAGCUUGGCCUCAAGUGCCUCAUUGCUUUUAUAAAGCAGUUACUACACAAAAUAAAAUAAUGUUUUAAUUUUUUUUAAAAAGCAUUAAUAUUUACAUUAAUAUGCUUAAUAUUUUAAUGAUCAUUAAUCUGCAACUGGCAACCUUCAACUAGAAGUACUUUCUGAUAUAACAGAAUGUUGCAAUACAAAAAUGAUGCACCAUGGGAGCUGCACAGUAAUGUGCUAACCUUGAGCCAUUACUAUAUGGUGGAAUAGCACAACUGAAGGCUGCAUUGACCAAGAAGCCAGGACUGGAAUUGACAGUAAAACUCCUUUAGGGUGUACUGUAUGUACAUGGUGUAUCAUAUAAAAUAUUAUAUGAUGAAUAAGUUAUGACAUGUUUUUAGAUUGCUUUAACUUGUCAAAAUAAGUUAAGCAAAUUUCAACUUUUGUUUUUAUGAGUUAUACAAGAUUCAGCAUUUUUUUUUUAAGUCAGUUUAAUGUUAUUUAAGUUAAAUUGACUUACUUUAAGGCAGCAACUUUUUAUUUUAUCAUUUUAUAUAAUCACACUCCAGCAAAGUUUUGUGCAUUUUGAUUAUGCCCAUUCAUUUCCUGAAUCCUGAUUGGGUGACAUGUUCCAAGGGUUUGGACUAAAUGAUUAG